AUGCAUCCCUAUCGAGAGAAAGGCCUAUGCUACAAUGAUGGUGAAAAACUCGCCGCUGGCCACAAAUGUAAGCCUCGCCAACUGUUUUUGCUUGUAUACGAGGAUGAUGCCCUAACUACAAAUUUGUUGGGUGAAGACUCCUCCCCUGGCCACAGAUGUAAAUCUCGCCAGCUAUUUUUGCUUCUGUAUGAGGGUGAUUCCCCAACUGUGGAUCUAUUGGAUGAAGAUUCAUCAACAUAUGUCGAACCUUUCAUUUCGGUCGUCUUGAUUUUGUAUCAUGCCAUGUCUGGCCACUCUUCCCCUUCGACCUUGUGGUUGUCACAGACUAUCGUUGGAACUCCGAUGCAAGUUCAGAUCAAUGGUGGCAGCGUUGACUUUGUCCAAGGCCGGGCCGCCCAAUGCCUUGGUCUUGUUAUUGAACCCGCUCCCAAUAUCAACGUUUUGGUUGGCAAUAGUGAUUGCAACAGCAAAGGGAUUGAGAGAAACCUCCCUGAAAUUUUAAGAAAUGAUCUUCAAGUGCCUCGUCAAAGAAGGGAUGUAAGCCAGCUAACAACUCAUGCAAAUGGUUUUUGUGUUGGAUUCAAGGGAUCCUAUGUUGGGAGAAAAGUUGAGAAAUAUUUUAUCAAUAAUCACUCAGGCUUCAAAGUCAUGUAUCACAAGAACCUUGAGACUGCUUCUGCUUGCACGGUUGGCUUUGAGGUUGCUCCAAUCAGCAUCACUCAUUUGGUAAGAGACACCAAAAAUAUAAUUAAAGGUAAGAAGAUGGUAUUUACACAUGAUGUUUCUUUCAAGCUUAGUGAAUUCAAGUGGGCAACUCAUUGGGACACCUAUCUCCUUAUGAAUGAUGAUCAAAUCCAUUGGUUCUCCAUUAUCAAUUUUCUGAUGAUUUUCCUGUUCUUUUAUGAUAUAAGAACUCUUUGUAGAGAUAUCGCCAACUAUAGUCAGUCGGAGACCAAGGAUGAAGCCCAAGAGGAAACGGCAGGGUGGGAGCUUGUCCAUGGAAAUGUUUUCAGGCCCCCUGUCAAUUCUGGUUUACUUUGUUUCUAUGUUGGAACAUGGGUCCAGAUUUUUGGAAUGACACUUGUUCCAAUAAGUUUUGCAUUACUGGGUUUCCUAUCACCUUUAAACCGAAGGCGGCUUAAGACUACCACGGUUCUCUUGUGGGUUUUUAUGGGUUUAAUUGCAGGUUAUUCAGCUCAUUGGUACAAGGUGUUCAAGGGAGCAAAAUGGAAGAGAAAUACUUUGAAAGCUACAUUCAUUUUUCAUGGUAUACUCUUUGCAAUCUUGUUUGCGUUGAAUGCACUCAUAUGGGGAGAGCAGUUUUUUGGUGCGUUGCCCUUUGGUACCAUGUUUGCUCUUGCAUUCUUAUGGUUGGGUAUAUCAGUACCAUUGGUUUUUAUGGGUAACUAUUUGGGUUUCAAAAGCCCAGCUAUUAAGGACCCAACGGAGAUAAAUAAGAUCCCAAUAGAGAUAACAAAGAAGGCCUGGUACAUGAAACCAGCCUUUUCUAUUCUUAUUGGAGGAAUACUUCCCUUUGGAGCUGUGUUUGUUGAACUCUGUUUCAUCUUGACAUCAAUAUGGUUGAACCAGUUCUACUACAUCUUCAGUCCCUUGCAAGCCUCAGACAAUGUGGGCAAGGUCGCGUGUAAACUAGACUUAUCGGCCAUGGCAAAAAGUUGCCUCAAGCAACGGGAUUGCGAGGUAAGACAUGUUCUAGUCCACUGCGGUGGUUUACCUUGGAAGAGGCUUAAUGGGAAGACAUUACGUUCUUCAUCGUCGCCCCACUCGAACCUUGAGGACAAGGUUCUUUUGGAAGAAGAUGGCAAUGUUACGACUCAGCAUGACAUGGAGGAGUUGAUAAGUAACACUUUUGCCACGACAGCACCCCACUUGGCAAGGAGAAACAUGCAAACCUCAUGA